AUGGGCCCCCCGGGCAAUAGGGGAUCAUGGGGCCCCUGUGUCCUUGCCCAAACUCAAAAAGCCUAUGAAAAAGGUACCAGGGGUAUCUCAUGGGGCCCCCUACUGACCCCGGGCCCUCGGGCAGUGCCCCAGUUUCCAAAUGGUCAGCCCGCCCCUGAUCAGGAGUUCUGUUCUUUUCUGAUAAAUGUGAAAGUUCAGAUGUGAAAGUGAGAGUGGAGCUCAGCUGAUUACACUGUUGUAACCUUAAUUCUAUAUUACUUAUAUUACUCUAUAUUACUUUCUUUAAAAAUGUUUGCCCCUUAAAAACUUGUAGGUAUCCCUAGUUAGUUUUUAAUAACUCCUCC